GAUAUUUCAAGGACGGAGCGCCACAUUCAACAUUCCUACAUACCUAGACGACUUGCUUAAAACCUGUUGAAUAUUACGGGGCCUGACAAAAGUCGUUCGACCCACUAUUAGUUUUUAACUGUAAACAGUAAAUUUACUUCAUUAGCGAUAUGAAUCUUUUUGGGCGUAAGAAGGACCCAAAAGCUCAGUUAAAUGAAAUGACUUCUGUCUUGAAGAGACAGAAAUAUCCUCUUCAGAGAGACAUUCAGACCCAUCUGCGACAGCAGAAACAACUAGAAAUGGCUAUUAGGAAAUGUGCUAAGGAAUCUGACGUCCCUUCCGCCAAAGUUUACGCAAAAGAAUAUGCGGAAUCUAAAAAAGCUGUUGCUCGUUUAUAUCUUGCAUUAUCGCAAAUUGAUUGUGUGGCUAUGGAAUUGCGUCAUAUGGCUUCAAUGAAUAAACUAACCAGUGGUAUGCAAAAAAGUACAACAGUCAUGAAUGCUAUGUCGUCUUUAGUGAAAUUACCUGAACUUCAAUCCACAAUGCAAAAUUUAAGUAAAGAAAUGAUGAAAGCUGGUAUCAUGGAAGAAAUGAUCAGUGACACUUUCGAACCAAUCGGUUCUGUCGAAAAUACAGAUGAUUUUGUGUCUGCUGAAAUUGAUAAAGUUUUAUGGGAUCUGACGGCUGGUCAGUUAGGUAAAGCUCCGGAGCCCGCAUACGAUCCAUUCUCAGUUUCUAAAGCACAAACUGAACUCUCCGUUUUAUCAGUUCAGGAUGAUGGUGAAACAGAAAUGGAUGCACGUUUGGCUGCCCUUCGCAGUUGAAUAUUUUUUUGCCAAUCUUUAACAUCACAUGGGCUUUCUAGUUAUAAAAUAACUUGAGUUUAUUUUACACUGUACAGAAAAACAGUAAUAUUCAUGAUUCUAUUCUUUGUAUCCACGAGACAAGCUGUUGCUUAAUUUUAUUUGUACCUCAGGUUUCCAACUAAAUAUCAACAAUAUCUCAAGCUCGCAAUAUUUUUUUCAUUAUAGAGGUGGAAAGAUUGAGGUUUUUUGCACAUGUCUAUAUCUAAAGUAACUCAGACUUUACUUUUAUUUCCGUGUUUUUCCGUACUAAAAAAGCCAAUCAGUUUCAGUAUAACAUUGCUCUUAUUUUAUAGUAAUAUUAAUUUGUGCACAUACCUUGGUAAUUAAUUACUUAUAUUUGAUUCCCAAUAAGAAUAUUCUUAUGGAAAA